AAAAAAAAAAAAAGAUAUCGCGAGAAUUGCGCGUAAUAUCUGAGACUACGUAGCGGAAGUUCAGCCUCUUUCCCCGUGGUGGACCAGCCGUUUGGUCGGUUUAGCACAAUGAAGCUGAACAUCUCAUUUCCCGCUACUGGCUGCCAGAAAUUGAUAGAAGUUGAUGAUGAAAGGAAGCUGCGCACCUUCUAUGAGAAGCGUAUGGCCACUGAGGUGGCUGCUGACCCUCUGGGUGAUGAGUGGAAGGGUUAUGUGGUGCGCAUCAGCGGAGGUAACGACAAGCAAGGAUUUCCCAUGAAGCAGGGCGUUCUAACUCAAGGCCGUGUGCGUCUGCUUCUAAGCAAGGGUCACUCCUGCUACCGUCCCCGCAGGACUGGUGAGCGCAAGCGCAAGUCUGUCCGUGGGUGCAUUGUUGACGCCAACCUCAGCGUUCUCAACUUGGUCAUCAUCAAGAAAGGUGAGAAGGAUAUUCCUGGACUGACAGACAGCACUGUUCCUCGCCGCCUUGGUCCUAAGAGGGCCAGCAAGAUCCGCAAGCUGUUCAACUUGGCAAAGGAGGACGAUGUGAGGCAGUAUGUUGUGCGGAGACCCCUGACUAAAGAAGGCAAGAAGCCCAGGACUAAGGCUCCCAAGAUCCAGAGACUGGUGACACCACGUGUGCUGCAGCACAAACGCCGCCGCAUUGCUCUGAAGAAGCAGCGCACCCAGAAGAACAAGGAGGAGGCCUCAGAGUAUGCCAAGUUGCUGGCAAAGAGGAUGAAGGAGGCCAAGGAGAAGCGGCAGGAACAGAUUGCCAAGAGACGUCGCCUCUCUUCUCUAAGAGCAUCUACAUCCAAGUCAGAGUCCAGCCAGAAGUGAACACAUGUCACAAUAAAGAAUUGAAAUGAA